GGCGUGCGAUCGUCGAACGAGUGAGAUUGACUCUCGACACUUUUCCUCCAAACACAUCGUGAGUCAGUGAGUUUUCCUGUCCGUAGUGGCAUUGAAAUUGUGAUAGAGAUACUUCUUUUUGCCAACACACACACACACACGAGGAGAAAUCCUCCCAGUGAUCACGAAUCAUCUGAGUAAUAUUUGAGUGUGAAGCUGUGCCGCGAAAACAGUGUCAAGUGGUCCAAGAGUGGUGGUAAUUUUCUUCUUUUCUUGUGAAGAGAGCCAAAAAGAGCCGCACUUGAGCCAAUUUAUUCCAGCCAAUCAAUUGAAUUUCUUCCGGUCGACUCAACUCCUUCACAAUAGUCGCCCUAAACGGAUUAUCUAUGAUGACGAUGGAUGUUACCAAAAGUGAGCCCCAAUCUGGGGUUGGCGGAGGCGGAAAUGGCCAGGCGACGAAUCAAUUGUGCGCCGGGUGUGGAAAACACAUUCAGGAUCGAUAUCUGUUGAGAGCCCUGGACAUGCUGUGGCACGAGGAUUGUCUCAAGUGCGGAUGCUGUGAUUGUAGAUUAGGCGAGGUGGGCUCAACACUGUACACCAAAGGGAAUCUCAUGCUCUGCAAGCGCGACUAUCUCAGGCUGUUCGGCAACACGGGCUUCUGUGCGGCCUGCAACAAAGUCAUCCCGGCAUUCGAGAUGGUCAUGAGGGCCCGAAGCAAUGUCUAUCACUUGGAGUGCUUCGCCUGCCAGCAAUGCAAUCACAGGUUCUGCGUUGGCGAUCGGUUCUACUUGUGCGAGAACAAAAUCCUCUGCGAGUACGAUUACGAGGAGCGACUGGUGUUUGCGUCCAUGGCGAACCAUCCGAUGCUCAAGCGGCACGCCUCGUCCCUGAGCCAGAGCGUGCCGCCGCCCCCGCAGCAGCAGGGCCUCAUGGGCCUGGGCCACCCUGGGGGCGGCAACGGGGCCCCCGUGGCGUCGAUGGCGCAGAUUGCGGGACAGCAGCGCCCGCCAGGAGAUCACAACAACAACCAGAAUGCCAACAAUGCAGCCAAUCAGUCCAACGGACCGCCGCCGCCGUUCGGGACGCCCAGUCACAUGAAGCAGACACUCGGGACGUCAAGUUAAGUUGCUCACCAACUCAAAGUCUCCCCCGAAACACCACCCCAACUCCCCCCCAAGAUGAGUGCUGGAGAAAGCAAGAUCACCCCGAAUCCAUAAACGUGAUUUCUUUUUCGUAAGAACCUCUCCGAAGCUCAAAUUACUUCCAAAAUGGAAAACACACACACACACCCGUUCAUUAAUGAAUUCUAAAUUGUUAAGACUAUUAGUUUGUUGUUGUUAUCUAAUUAUCUAUAAAUAUAGUGAAGACGCGCGAUACAUUUCUUCAGGAAGAAACGAUUAUAAUAUAGAAUUUUUCAAAAUAAACAUAAUCUCUAGUCAAAGAGCAAAAUAUACUUCAACAAAGUAACUUGACUGCAUUUCAAACCUAUUGUAUAACAUUUUCAACUCUCUCCCUCUUCGAUGAUGACAUAUAAUAGCUUUUUGGACAAAUGCAUCAAAAGAUAAUCUCAACGGAAAGACGGCAGUUGUAUUCUUUGAUAAAUCAAUUCAUGUAAAACCCCACCGAUUAAGUUAAACACCCAGAAUAAAGACAAAUUUGGUUGUUAUUAAUUUUUAAAUGUAUAAAAAGAAAAUACCACUAGAGUAGCGCAUUUAAAAGAUGUAUUUAAAAAGAAAAAAAAAUAACUGUAGUGCGAGGUAAAAGAAUUAUAUAAUUAUGACAAGGCAAGGAAGAGGAAAAAAAAACUCAAUGUGGCAUUGUAAAUAUCAAGUGGAAUGGAGAAGAGACGAGGAAACCAAAGACAGUGAAAUAAAAUAUGAUGAAAAAUUGAAUGAAAA